CGCGUUGAUCUCACACAGCGCCGAGCGGCAGAGCAGAGUGAGAGUGUAUCUGUGAAUCGCUCCCCAGUGCGCUCAGACCACAGCAGACACGACUCGGUAAACGGAGGGACGAGUAAGUUAGGAGCGCAACGCAUUUGAAGGACAUAAAGCAAGGCGCUUCUCUGCAAGGCGCAUGACCGGCAGCGGGUGGAGGAUGCUGUCAAGCCGCUCUGUGGUGGUUGAGUGCGGGUAGUGCACGCCGCGCUGCUCCCCGUUCGGGUCGCGCAAACGGACGCUCCGGUUCUCCGGUGCCUGGGUUGGAGACCCGUGUGUGGACUUCGUAAUCACACUGGACUUUUGCCUUUAUGCCUGUGCAGCAGUGAUCGUGAUUUUGAAGACAUUUAUUUAAAGAGGGAUUUUUCACAGAGGAAAUUUAAACCACACGGCUCCACUUGGACUUUUUAUUGUUUCCAGUAUGGGACCUGACGCCAAAAGUCGCUCUGGGACAUUUGACAUUGGACUGGAAUCAUGAAUUAGAAGAGUGAAAUGGUCCAAUUCCCUGUUUGACUGCUCCAGGUCUUCUGGGUUUUUCUUUUAGUUUGCAAGUGAGGUAUUUUAUUCACAAGUUACGCUUGGAUAAACGCGCACAGACAAACUUUAAAAUAUGAUAGGUCACUUGAGCAGAGUUUUUUUUUUUUUAUCUGUUUGGUAAAUAAUAGACAAAAAGAAGAUCAAUUAAAGUGCACGCGUUAAAGGCAGGAGCAGGAGCAGGAACGCAGUUGCGUGCGUAAUUGGACACGGUGUGUCCCCUCUUCUCUUUGCGUCCUUGGAUAAUUUGAAAAACAAAAAACAGUUUAUUCACAACAAUGAGAAGUUAUUUGGUGAGUUUUAACAUUUUAAUUAGUAGAUUAAGCAGUUUAAUCAGUUGUGUGUCAUAAAUGUUUGAUUAGUUUUUUUUUUGUAUAUCUUUUUUUCCACUUUUUUGCUUUUGCGGACAGACGGAAAACAGACAGUGUGUCGAUGUCUGGCAAACUGGCCGUCAUGUGGGAUUGAUUGCAUGGGAGUAUGUUUGGGCUGGAGCAGUUUGGUUCUCAGAUUAAUAGCAGAAACCCUGGCCAGUCAGAGAGAAACAUAAACCAACCGAGACUGAACAUGGGCUCUCAUUAUAAAAGCCCGGGUUUUCACGCUGGAGGCCCACCGGGAGCAGUGGAGCCCGGUAUGGGCCCUCUGAGCGAGCCGCAAAUGCUCGGGCUUAACAUGAACAUGAACGGAGAGCAGUACGGGGGCUUUCAUCCGCGGGGCCACUCGGACAUGCAUGCAGGCGGCGGACUUCAGCAGCAGCAGCAGCAAGGACCCAUGCAUGGAUUUUUCAACAACCAGCAACCUCAUCAAGGGCAUCCUCACAGCCAUCAACCUCAUCCCCACCAACCUCACCCUCAUUUCAGUGGGAAUUUUGGAGGCCCAGAGCCUGGCUCAUCAUGCCUGCAUGGUGGCAGGCUAAUGGGCUACAACAACAAUGGCAUGGGACCACAGCAGGGCUUUGGAGAAGGAUUUGAUCCUCUCACUGAGGGGCAGGCAGGGGACGGCUUCCCCCAGCAGCAGCAGCAGCAGCAGCAGCAGCAGCGGCCUGGUAACAUGCCUGACUUUCAACAUCACGGGCCUCCCAGUGGCAGCCAUGCUGUCCCUGCCCCCUGUCUACCCCUGGACCAGUCACCUAAUAGAGCGGCAUCCUUCCAUGGGCUCCCUUCUUCCUCAUCCUCAUCCUCUGAGUCUCACAGCCUGGAGCCUCGGCGGAUGCCCAACCAGGGAGCUGUAGAGGGAUUAGAGUAUAACUUCCCAAGUGAGCCUCCAUCUGGACAUUUUGAUGUCCAUGUAUUUUCCCCAUCAGAAACAGAAUCUCAGAUACCCCAUUUUGGGCCAGGGAGGCCAGUUCCUGGUGGGAAUUUUCCAGGGAACAGUGGCAUGCCACGGACACCAGGUAUGCAGGGCAUCUCAAAGGGACACCAGCCGCCGCCACCACAACCCCAGCAGCCUCAGCAUGGUGUGUUUUUUGAGCGUUUUGGAAACGGCCGGAAGGUGCCCGUGGGAAUGGAGCCGGGGGUCAGUGCGAGACAUCCUCUCAUGCAACAGCAACAACAGGCUGGCUUGAUAGCCAGACAGAACUCAUGUCCCCCUGGCCACCCCAGACCCCCUCAGGCAGAGCCCGGCUCUACUAACCCUAACAUUCUGGACGGAGGGGUCAUGAUGCCUGGCCAACACAACCAGUUUGAAUAUCCCAUUCACAGACUGGAAAAUAGGGGGCUGCACCCCUAUGGGGACCCCAUGUUUAAUAUGCAACAGCCAGCUCCUCCUCCCUCCCAGCAGCCCCCAAACCAGAGGCUGCAACACUUUGACUCUCCUUAUAUGAACAUGGCCAAAAGGCCUAGAUUUGACUUUCCAAAUGCACAUGGCAGUGAAGGCUGGUGUGGUGGAAUGGAUAACCACCUCUCUCCUUCUGCCUACCCUGGCCUGCCCGGAGAGUUCACCCCUCCUGUGAGUGAAGGUUUCCCACCAGGUCCCCUGCAGCAUCCAGGGCCAGAGCAGCAGUCUCUACAGCAGCGUCAGAAUGCAGCCAUGAUGAUCAAACAGAUGGCCUCUCGAAACCAGCAGCAGAGAAUGAGGCAGCCCAGCCUGCAGCAGCUGGGUCACCACGGUGAUGUUCCUCCUGGCCCAAUGGCUCACGGAGGCCCAGUAGGGAACAUGCCACAGCCUAACUUUGACAGGGAGAGUGGAGGCAGGAUGCCCAACAUUGAUGGACAAAAUCCUCAUGUAACUCAGGAGACUUCCUGGUUCCAAGGGUCCCACCCGGCAGGAGAGAUGAUGUCAAGGCGUAUGGGUGGAGCGGGAAAUGAAUCAGGGCCUCAUGACAUGGGGAUGCAGCAGAAUGGGGCUGGGAUGAUGUUUAGGCCAGGCAUGGGCAUGCAGGAGCCCAUGAGAAUACCAGGAGAUGGCCAUGUUCCGGCUCUCCAUUCCCCGGGCAUGCACUCACAAUUCAGCACCAACAUGGGCAACCUCUCGCAGAUGCAGAGUCCAGGAGCAGGAACAGGGCACCCCAAUGCACCGGCAGAAAGGCGGCCAGCUGAUUUCCCUGCACCUCCGAUGGGGGCACAACCAACGUUUCCCUACGGAGGGGGUAACCGUCAAGGGCCGCCCCACAGUGGCCCCCAGGGGGUGAGCACCUCACCAGGGACAUAUCCUCCUCAGUCUGAGUUCCCCUCAGGCCAGCGGUCAUCUGUUAGUAAGUUAGGAGCUCUGUCCCUGGGGAACUUUAACAAAACCAGCUCUAAAGACAGUGUGUUUGGUCAGAGCUGCCUGGCGGCCCUUUCCACAGCCUGCCAGAACAUGAUAGCCAGCCUAGGGGCCCCCAAUCUUAACGUAACAUUCAACAAGAAGAACCAAAAUGAGGGCAAGCGAAAACUGAGUCAGACGGAGCAGGACAUUAAUAGCAGCACAUCUAAUGGCACUGGCAGUGCUGGUCCUGAAUAUUUUCAGAGCAGCACUUCCCAGAACAGCCAGAUGCCUGGCACCGGGAAUAGCAACUCUAAGCCUGCAAGUCAAAGCCAGACGGUGCAGGGGGAAGCCAGUGCCCUCUCCCCAACUUUCAACAUGGACGCUACCCCGUGCAGUGAGGGGAAGGCAACAACAGGGAGUGGGAGAGGGAGAGGGAGGAGAAAAAGAGACAGUGGACAUGUGAGCCCUGGAAUUUUUUUUUCCUCUGACAAUGUUAACCCUGUUGUAAGUCCAGGCCAGCAGACCCCCUCGGCUGGCGUUGGGGAGAGGGGUGGGGGCACGCCCCAUGAGAAACACCUCCAAUCGCCAUCUUGGGGAAAAGGAGGUGACCUAAUGUUGGGGGACCAGGCUGAUCUGAUGUCAUCUUUGGACAGUGGCAUUCAAAGUGUUGCCAAGUCUGACAGCAGCUCACCUCGAGUGGACUUUCCUGACGAUGUCAGCACCCACUACGGCAACGAGGACGAGGUAUCCUCCAGCUCAGACGCAGGAGGGGCCUCUGCAACAAAGCCUAACCGCAGCCCUAUGAUCACCGGCUCACCCAAAAUACAGAGGGGUGAUCAUGGCUUGAUAAAUGGACAGAAGCCCCUUGGCAUGGGCAUCAACAAUCAUACUACCUCGACACCAGACAGCUAUGGACUAAAUGCUGGUGGGGGCACAGGGGCCAAUGGUGUCAGCCACCCAGGCACUCCUGGGGUGGAGCAGGUACGCACCCCAUCCAGCACCUCUGGCCAGGAUGAAAUCCAUCCUCUGGAGAUUCUGCAGGCCCAGAUCCAGCUCCAGCGGCAGCAGUUCAGUAUCUCUGAGGACCAGCCCCUGGCCAUGAAGAAUGGCAAGAAGAAUGGCGACUGUCCAUCGCAGAAUGGAGACAAUGAGCUGGCAGGCUGCAGCCCGGAUGCUGGUAAGGGCUCAAUGGGCACCAUUGACCUUGACACCCUCAUGGCAGAGCAGCACGCCACCUGGUACGUGCCCAGUGACAAGGCCAUGAUGGACGGGUCAGAGGAUGACAAGGCCAUGGGACCAUGGGAAAAAAAUAAGAGCCAAAACAACAGUAAAGAAGAGUCCGAGCUGACCCAGAGCAAGACUGGAGCCGGGGCCCCAGGAGCCGGAGGAGGAGGAGGCGGCGGAGGAGGAGGAGGCGGGAGCAGCGGAGGGAACCACCUGCAGUGCCUGUCCGUCCACUGCACAGACGAGCUGGGGGACAGUAAGGGUCGAGGGGGGCCCGUCUCAUCCUGGCGUUCGCUCCACUCUGAUAUCUCCAAUCGGUUCGGGACAUUCGUGGCCGCACUAACUUGAACAAAGCAGGAAGAAGAAAACGGGAUUACUUAUAAGACUUCAUAAGCUUCAGAGACAACUUAAAGAUGAUAUGAAUGAUGAGGAGGAAAUGGUGUCGCUAGCAGCUCGUGUCUGCUCAGAGACAGAAAGACAUUUACGCUCAUAAAUGCAAACACACUCACUCUCACACACACAUUCACACAUGCUAAUACCAUGUCUUUUCUGAAACAUGCAUUCACUCUCUCUGUCUUUCUCUCUCUCUCUCUCUCUCUCUCUCUCUCUCACACACACACACACACAAACUCACACACCCACACACACUCACACACACAUACACUGCUGGACUUUACAGCGCGGGCUCCUCUCUACAAUGCCCACAUCUGGAAAACCUCAAUUCAAUACUUUGUUUUCUUUUAUUUUCUUUGUUGAAGAUAAAUAAAGAAAUGUCAAAGGAGGCGAUUGAACAAAUAGAAGUGGAAGAAGGGAUAUUCGGUUAUCAGUGGCUCUGAUUGUAUACCAGUGUUGAGAACAAGAUCUUAUGACUUUCAAUUCGUUGAUGGCCUCAUUAACUAUUAUGGAUCCAAUGUGUUCAUCCAGAAGGAGAGAUUUCUUCACUCCUAUUAGUAAAUAUUGCAGACUGUUUAAUACAAACACACCAAGACGCAAACCCAGAGAAAGAAAGGGUGAAUACGCAUGAAUGUAACUCAACAGUUUUUUAUGAACACCUCAUUCUCAAGCAAAAUGAAACCUCAAUCAUUUACAAUUUGUUGCAAUUCUCCAAUCUUUAUAAUGCUGAGAACAUCUUUCCCUCAUUGUUUUUAUUUUUAUUUUCUUCUCUUCUUCUACUUACCUCUGCUAUCAACCAUAUGAGCUCAACCACUUCUAUACAAUUCAGCCAAUGGGAACUGAAUAAAUGGAGGUUGAGGGAUUGUUUAAUAAGGGAAUUGAAAAAAAGACUAUUGGUAUUGCACAUGUAUAAUAAGAGAAAAUUUGCUGUGUGUUAGGCAAUCUUGUAAUCUUUAAAUAAAGCUUCUGUUGAAUUUGAAUUUCUGAAACAAUAGAUGGAGGACUGUGACGGCAUUUUAUGAACUGAUAUUUGUUUUCUUUUUUUGGUUUUCUUUUUUUUAAUAAUAUGUAAAGUGCAGUCGUCUGUUUUCCUGCAUAUUGUAUAUAUCUGUAUAUGUUUUAUUGAGUAACUAAAUAACAAUAAAUAUGACGUUAAAGGUGACAA